GUUCUAUGAUUCUAAGCUCCCUUGGGACAGUUGCUCUCCCCACCCUCUCUGUGCCCUGAUCUGCUCUGAUUUCACCCCCUGCGCAGGGUUUCCCGUUCCCAAACCUGAGCUGAUCGCCCGGCUGGAACAAGGGGAAGAGCCCUGGGUGCCAGACCGCCAGGCUGGGAAGGAAGGAGAGAUCCCGAGAGGCACCCGCACAGGUGAUGAAACCGUGAGUGUCAAGGAGGAAGAGGAUCCCAAUCAGGAAGUUGAUGUAGUGCGUGUAAAGGUGGAAGAGACUCAAUAUGAGGACGUUCCUGGGAAGACAGAACCGCAGGCGACCUUUGUGGGAAGAGCUGAAGGGAAUUUUUCCCAGUGCUUGGAACAGGGAGAAGCCUGGGGAAACUGGCUGAAGCCGGAGAGGCUGCUGGGAAGCCACCCAGUGAAGAAAGAGGAUGAAUCUGUUCCAUGUGGGGCAGGAGACGAGGUUCCCCCAUCCCAGGACAUAAAUCUAAAGGGAGAGAAGCACUAUUACUGCCUCCACUGUGGGAAAGGCUUCAGUGAGAGAUCCCACCUUGUCACACACCAGACAAUCCAUUCUGGAGAGAAACCCCUUCGAUGCUUGGCCCCUGCGAAAAUCAUCAGUAAUCACUCAGAGCUCGAUAGCUCGGGGAGAAGCCACGCAGGAGAGGAUCCCGACAGAUGCCUCAAGUGCUGGAACUGUUUCAUUUGGAAGUCAAUGUCCACCGUGCCCGAGGCCACGGACAGAGAGGAGCGACCACCUGUGUCCUUGGACUGCAGAGAAAGUUUCAGGGAUCAGUCAGAGGUCAACAAACAUCAGCCCCACCACACAGCAGAGCAACGACAAAAGUGCUCGGACUGCGGGAAGAGUUUUGAAGACGAAACGGCCGUUGUCGCCCAUCAGAAGAUCCACACUGGGGAGAGACCCCAUAAGUGCCUGGACUGCGGGAAAAGUUUCAAAGAAAGGAUCUUGAUAUCCAUAAUGAGCAACGAAGAAGAUGAAGCUAAAACUCACCAACAGGAAAAUAAACAAGAGACACCAACACCUUCAACCUCAAGUGCAACUCCUCCUAAGAAACUCAGAAGAAUAUGCCAGUAUAGUUCAAGCUGGGAAAACCUAUUUUCUUGGGUUGCCAUGGAUGAUUAUGACAGAAGUAAAGCCAGAUGUAAAAUGUGCAAUACAUCCUUUAUUAUAGCAUAUGAUGGCAUUAAGGCAUUAGCACAACACGCUGACUCUCGUAAACAUGCGAAAACUGUGCAAGCUGCUCCCGCUUCCCAGAGAACGAACUCUUCCUUCGUUAUCAAAGACAGUCCACAAAGUGACCAAGUAACUGUUGCUGAGUUGACUCACAUUUACCAUGGAGUGAAGCAUCACAUCUCUUUUCUUGCUCAAGACUGCAGCAUCAACGUUAUGAAACAAGUACUUAAAGAUUCUGAAAUUGUCAAGAAAAUGGCAGCUGGGUGCACAAUCGCUUCUGCUGUUGUUAACAACGUUUUAUAUCCUUUCUCAAUAGAGCUGUUUUUAAAUGAUUUAAAGAAUAGCACGCCAUUUUCGGUUGCCACCGAUGCAUCUAACAAAGGAAACUGCAAAUUCUUUCCUGUGGCUGUACAGUAUUUUACACCUCAAGAAGGACUGUGCUUCAAAAUCUUAGAUUUUUACGAAAGUGCAUUUGAAGAUCCACAGUCCAUAAAAGAUCAAUUGUGUCACGUGCUGAAUGAAAAAGGACUAUCAUGGACAAAUGUUUCAGCAUAUGGAGCAGACAACACUUCAGUGAAUUAUGGCGUAAACAAUUUGGUUUUUCAAAAAUUAGCCGAGCAAGAGAAUGAAAAUAUUAUUGCAGCUCACUGUAUUAAUCACAUUUUGCAUAACUGUGCCAAAUAUGCUUUCAAAGUUCAAACUUUUGACAUUGAAAACUUAGUUUUAAAAGUGUUUGCUGAAUUUUCGAACUCGGCUAAAAAACGAGAAGAGUUGAAAGAUUUUUUUGAAUUUUGCGAGGUUGAGUUCCCCGAAGUCUUGAGGCACAUUCCAACACGAUGGCUUAGUUUGUUUAAUGCAGUCGAGCAAUUGUUGUUGAACUGGCAACCACUAAAAGCUUAUUUUCUUUCACUCGGCUCUGACGAUUGCCAUGUGGCAAUAUGGAAUAUUAUUUCUGAUCAGGAAGACGAAAUGGCAAGCGAUGAACAACCAACUCUUUCUGAGCUGUAUCUUUAUUUCACUCACUAUUUCAUGUCACAAUUCCAAGAUACAUUGCUCAAAUUGGAAAACCGAUCAACACUUUCUUGUGACCUUUAUUUGAUCAUGGAAAAGUUCUGUAAUUCCUUGAGAAAAAAAAUUGAUGAUAAGUUUUUUGGUAUGAAAGUUACAUUCGCAUUUCAGAAGGACUAUUUACCAGUUCAUGUAAUCAAUAAAUUUACCUCUGAAGCACUGAAUGUGUAUACAAGAGCCCUCAAAUAUUUGGAGAAGUGGUUUCCUUUUGAAAAUUCACCAUAUCGUGUUCUGAGCGCUUUGAGUUUGGCUAAUCGUGAAAAAUCUCCUUCUUUUGAUGAAGUAAUUCAAAUCUGGAUGCUGUCACCAUGGAAAAAAGAGCUCCCUCCAAUUUCUCUUUAUGAGGAACUCGGUGCCUUGGACAUGAUGUUCACUUCCCUUGAGGGCACAACAUCUCUUGAUAAGUGGAAAUAUUUUUUCAACAAAGAACCUGCUGCUCCAAAUUUGUUAAAGCUGGUUCAAUAUUGUGUUUCAAUUCCUGUGUCAAAUGCCGGUGUGGAAAGGAUUUUUAGUGUCAUGGGUAAUCUAUGGACUGAUGAAUGCAAUAGAUUGAGCCUCGAGUCAGUAAGAAGUGAAAUUUGUGUUUUUUUUAAUAUACCUUUUACCUGUCUGGAAGCCAAAGAUGAGUUUUUGAAAAAUAAAAAAUUGAUUAAAGCCGCACAAUCUAAUGUAAAAUAUAUGAUGUAGAUCAGUGUUUCUCAACCUUUUUAAAUAAAGUACCCCUUUUAAAAAAAAUUAGAAGUACCCCCAGUACGUACAGUCUUCAGACACACACAAUUUUUGUUUACCAUUGCCGCACAUUUGUUUAAACAACUUAAUUAUAGCUAGGCAGGCGAUGACAUUUUUGGGUGUAAAAAGUAAAAAAAUAAUAAAGCGUUGUAAAAAGUAACACAAACAUUCACUUUUCUCCAAAUUUGAGCUGUGUUGAUGUACCCCCCCAGACUUCUCUCGAGUACUCCUAAGGGUGCUUGUAUCACUGAUUGAGAAACACUGAUGUAGAUUGCUGUCAAUAAAAUUCCCAUUGGUUGUU